GACAGAGCGAGUAUCAUUUUUACUGAGAGAAGAAGUGUCUGCAUUUCAGCCGAGAAACUUCACAGCAUUUGAGAUGGACCGAGAAAAGUUUCAGUCCAUGGUACAGGACCUCCUAGUCUCUGCGUCUCCUGAAGAGGAACAAUUGUCACAAUCGUGCCGUAUAGUGAAGUUGAGAUGGGAAGCCAACAGCAUUGAGGAAAACGUCAAAUUGCACCUACAGGAAUUUGAGUUGUCUGAGCGUGCACUGCAUGAGCACAGGAAAAAACAGAAGGAAAAAGAACAGAAGAUGCAGCACAGCAUACAAACCAGCAGCCUCCUGAAGUACAAUGACAAGCGCCGGCGUGAUGCAGAGAAGAAAGCAAACAACAACAGGACUCUGACUAAUAAGAAGCAAGAGUACCUUCAAGAAUUAAAGGAGGAACUCAGUACUUUAAUCACAAAGCGCCAGCAGGUGAUGAAGCAAUUUGAGACAAGCUGCAUUCAUAGCAAAUAUUUCAAUGAUGUGCAGAAGGAAAGCAAGAAGGAGCCAGAUGAUCUGAUCACACUCUACAAGAGUUUGAAACAGAUACAGGAGGAGCUGCAGGCUCUCAUAGAGACGAAACAGGAGGAGCUGGAGAAAACUCGUGCUGAGUUGGUUAGGGUUAGGGAAGAAUUCUUUAGCACACGAGUGCAGAACGAGAUCACACUCGACAUGCUGCAAAACAAUCUGGAAAUUACCAAACGAAAUAGACGUGAUUGGGAGGAAACGUGGAACAGCAUUCAGAACUCCGCCAAAGUGAAAAACGAUCAGCAGAAUGCAAUUAUUUUGGCCACAUUUGACCUAUCCAGGAAUCUGUGGAAGGUUGGCACCCAAAUCCCAAAGCCGAUGACAACAGAGGAGACUAUAAAAUUGCUGGAUAAGAUUCAGGAGUUCAUAUAUGAUCUGGAGUUGAUUUGGGAGAAAAUCAGCAAAUCUAAAUCCAAAAGUGAUAAAUCUUGCCCUCAAGGAGAGAUCAGCAGCAUUAUAGACAAAUGAUGAGGCAAAACAGAUUCCAGCACAAAACUUUAAUUACAAAUACAACUGUGGUUUAAUUUCACAACUCCUAUCCACCAUGGGCAUUGUUUGAAUACUUGGAUACCUUUUUAUGACUUUUGGAAACAGAGGUGACUCAUGAUGACAGUAAUAAAACAUUGUGGAUGCCAGCUGCUGUAAGCCUCAAAGAAGAAGAAGAGCUGAAUCACCUGGAAAGGACUAAAUUCUGGGCAGAAUUUAAAUUGAUGCCACUGCAGCUUAGUCAUCAGAAUCCACCAGAAACGCUUUUGAAUAUAAAGCGUUGCCAACC